GUUGGCGACGACAAGGACAACCUUCUUCGCCGGCGUAAAAUUUUACAGCAAUUAAUGCGUCCACUCUCAAUCCAACUGCCAACCAUAUCACAACAUCACAGCUCUCAUUCUCUUUCUUUCUUUCUUUUUUCUCUAUAAAAGAACAGCAUCUUCUUGUUACAUAAGAGCAAAAAGAUAACGUCACCUUCUCCUCUACUCUCUCCUGCGCUCGCCACCUCGCCGCCGAACUCACCUCUCGAAAUACAAGAAGACAAAGCAGCAUUCUAGUGGGAGGCCACGAAAGAAACCCAAGAACCCAUUAUUUAUUUAUUGUUCUCAGUUUCUGGGACUCGUUCCGGUGACUAUAUAAUUAUGGCUAUCGUUAUUGAUAAGUUCAUUUUUGGGACUUUCUUUGCUUCUCUCUUUGGCUUUUUUGUUCUCUGCUUUUUGCGACGGAAGCACCAGAACCUUGAAAACAAGCAGAAGUUUAAGGAAAAAGCUGCCUUCAAGACUCAGAAUUAUAAUGUGCAGAGGCCUGAGAAUAGCUCAGGUCCUGACGUCAUCAUCGUCGGUGCUGGCGUCGCCGGUGCAGCCCUCGCAUGUACGCUUGGAAAGGAUGGAAGACAAGUUCAUGUGAUUGAAAGAGACCUGACAGAGCCUGACAGAAUUGUCGGUGAACUGCUUCAGCCAGGGGGAUACCUAAAAUUAAUGGAAUUGGGCCUUGAAGAUUGUGUGGAGGAAAUUGAUGCCCAACGAGUGCUUGGUUAUGCUUUAUUCAAGGAUGGUAAAGUUACUAGACUCUCAUAUCCCCUGGAAAAUUUUCAUUCUGAUGUUGCGGGGAGAAGCUUUCAUAAUGGGCGCUUUAUUCAGAGAAUGAGAGAAAAAGCUGCCAAGAUUCCCAAUGUAAAGCUACAGCAAGGAACAGUGACAUCCCUUCUUGAAGAAAAUGGGACUAUUAAUGGCGUUCAAUACAAAACUAAGGAUGGUCAAGAACUUAGAGUUCAUGCUCCUCUUACAGUCGUCUGUGAUGGUUGCUUCUCAAAUCUGCGUCGCUCUCUAUGUAAUCCUAAGGUGGACGUGCCUUCUUAUUUUGUGGGUUUAGUUUUGGAGAAUUGCGAGCUUCCUUUUGCAAAUCAUGGACAUGUUAUCUUAGCAGAUCCUUCGCCGAUUUUGUGUUAUCCAAUUAGCAGCACAGAGGUUCGUUGUUUGGUUGAUGUACCAGGUCAAAAAGUACCUUCCAUUGCUAAUGGUGAAAUGAGUAAGUACUUGAAGGACGUGGUAGCGCCACAGGUGAUCUGCUCAUCUCCCCAUCAAGGCUCAUCGCUAAUUGUUUCAUCUCCAUUUUGCCGUUUAGCUAACAAAACAUCAUUUGCCCAUUGUCGUUUUACUCCGUUUCAGAUUCCACCAGUGCUUCAUGAUGCCUUCAUAUCUGCAAUAGAUAAAGGCAGUAUCAGGACCAUGCCGAACAGAAGCAUGCCGGCUGAUCCACAUCCGACUCCCGGAGCCCUUCUGAUGGGUGACGCCUUCAAUAUGCGCCACCCAUUAACUGGCGGAGGGAUGACUGUAGCACUGUCUGAUAUUGUUGUGCUUCGAGAUCUUCUUAACCCACUUCGUGAUCUUAACGAUGCAGCUUCUCUAACCAAAUACCUGGAAUCCUUCUAUACACUGCGCAAGCCUGUGGCGUCUACGAUAAAUACUCUAGCAGGAGCAUUGUACAAAGUAUUCUGUGCGUCCCCUGAUGAGGCAAGGAAGGAAAUGCGAGAGGCAUGCUUUGAUUAUUUAAGCCUUGGUGGUGUAUUUUCAUCAGGACCUGUGGCUUUACUCUCUGGUCUAAAUCCCAGUCCACUAAGCUUAUUCCUCCAUUUUUUUGCUGUUGCAAUCUAUGGUGUUGGCCGUCUUCUACUCCCAUUUCCUUCACCGAAAGCCAUGUUUAUUGGAGUUAGACUAAUUUCAAGUGCAUCAGGAAUUAUUUUCCCCAUUAUCAAAGCAGAAGGAGUGAGACAAAUGUUCUUCCCUGCUACUGUUCCUGCAAUAUACAGACACCCUCCUGUCAAUGAUAAAGCUGAUGAUUUGCUAAAGUCAAGUUAAGCAUUGGCUGUGUCAAUCGUCGAUCUUUGGUUCAAUAAGUAGAAACAGUUGUUUAAUGAUGUGAAGCUUCUUUGGAAACAAGUUGAAAAUUCUUGUGAAUCAUGCAGGAAUUAAUGUUUAUGUAAUGUAAUUCUUCAGUGGGUCAGUUUCCAACACAAAUUUUGAUAUGGUAUGAGUACAAGUGUGAAAUAGGCUUGUGCUUUGUGAGAUAAUUUCUCUUUCUUGGUUAAUAUUGCAUUUAUGCAACUUGUAUUCUGCUGAAAGAAAUUUAUACAAGCUGCGUUCUUAGCUUCUUUGC